AAGCUCGCAUAGUUUUUUUUUCUGAAAUGUCGCAUACCAAUUAAUAAUAUGCAACAUCUUACCAAUAUCCUUUUUUUUUUUUUUUUUCUUUCACCUUUCGUGUGGCCCCGUGGUUGUAAACUGAAAUGCUUGUUUAAAACGUACCCAAAAGAUACCAUAAAAAAUGUUUUUACGCGUCCCACCCGUGUUGACCGUUGUGCCCCAGAAGGAAACAAAGUAGUCGCACAUGGAUUAAUACAGUAUUAAAUACUUUCACAGAGAUUUGGUCAUUUCUGAACCAAAAAAACAAAUAAUAAAAGCAAACCGCCAUCUACAAUUAAGCAUGAAGCACCACCUCAAACACCAACUAGAGUGAACUUUUUGACAACAAAACUCUUAACAACUAAGAUAUAAAAAUAAUACUAGUAAACUUAACCGACCAAGAAUACAUCCAGAAAUUAAACUUCUAUAUAACCAUAAUACUUGUCAAGCUUCGCAGUUCAAGGCCACUUCAAAAGUUCAAACAUGGCAUCAACCUCUUCUUCACAAUCCACCUCUUUAGAAACCAAUAAUAUUAGUGUCUACUAUGAGAAUUGGCUCAUUCAACUUCAAAAUUUUCAUGAAAAAUUAAAUGCAAUUUCAGAUUCAUGUGAUGAUUUCGGUGAUGAUGAAGAAGAAGAAAAUAGCAGCAUCAGUGAAUUGGUGACACGAGUUUUGGAUCAUUAUCAAGAUUACUAUCAAGAAAAAUUCAAGUCAACAAAUGGAGAUGUAUUUCUUCUAGUUUCUCCACCAUGGUACACUUCUUUAGAAAGAACAUUUGUUUGGGUGGCUGGUUUUAAACCUUCUAUGCUUUUUCCAACUAUUAAUUCCUCAAUAGGACCAGAAUUGACAGCAGAGCAAGUGGAAAAAUUGAGGAGGCUAAAAGCAGAGACAAAAAGAGAAGAGAAGCUAAUUGAGAAAGGGAUGGCCAAGGUUCAAGAAAGUGUAGCAGCACCGCCAAUAGUUGAGCUGAUGAAAAGAGGGGGGUUGCUAGUCGACGGAGAAGCAUCAAAUUUGGAAACAGUAAUUGAUGGGUUAAAACAGUCAACAAUGUCAGUAAUUGAAGCUGCAGAACAUUUACGAGGAUCAACGGUCAGGAAAGUCCUAGAUAUUCUUCGACAAAAACAGGCCGUUAAAUUAUUGGCAGCGGUUGCACAAUUUCAUCUUCAAGGGAGAAAGUUGGGUUUACAAAUGGAUACUCAGAAUGCUAGAAGAAUUAAUGAAGAUUUUAUCCGUUGAGAUUUCAAAAUCUGGGUUUAUUAUACUUUCUUUAGUUCUAGGGAUUUAUCAGUAGGGGAAUUUUAGUUUUUACUACCACUUAGGAAAAAGUUCGUAAAAUGAGUCAGUUGACUAUACUUUUGAUUUUUGACGAGUACAGGAAGCUGUUCUCGUGGUCAUAAAAAGAAAAAGAAAAAGGGGGACUGUUCUAACGUCAUUUCUUUUUAGUAAAACAAAUCUCUUUCUUUCUUUAUCCAA